UUAACUCAUUUAGAAGACAGUCGCCCGCAGUGCACGAUAUUUUUAUAAAUUUCACUUGUUGUUUUGACAGCUGUUUGACCUGUUAUGCUAAAAAGAUAUUCUUAUACGUCAACACCAUGAAAAAAAUGUGUUUAACUUGUUUUCCUAUCUAUGUUUUCAAUUUGUUGUGCUUGGGAUCAAAGUGAACUAGAAAUUUUUGAUCUGGUUGAAGAAAUCAACCAAAAUUUUUAUGAUCUGCUUGGUGUGCCACAAAAUUGCAGUCAAUCAGAAAUCAGGAAAGCUUACAGACGCUUAUCUCUUCAGUUGCAUCCAGAUAAAAAUGACGCUCCUGAUGCAGAGGUGAAGUUUCGCCAGCUGGUAGGAGUCUACGAAAUACUACGAGAUGGUGCAAAACGAGCGAGAUAUGAUCAAGUUCUUGUCGAAGGCCUACCAAAUUGGAGAAACCCUCUCUACUAUUAUCGUCGAGUUCGGAAAAUGGGGAUGCUGGAGUUGUCGAUAUGGUUGUUCGUUUUAUUCUCAAUUGGACAGUACGGAGUUGCCUGGGGAUCGUACUUUGAAAAAAAGCUUACCCUGGAUGAGGUCAAAGCAUCAAAACUUAAGAAAUUGCAAAAGCAAAUCAAGAAAAAAAAGCAGCCGAAUGAGUACGAUGUGGAAGAAGAAUUAGACCAAUUAUUUAUUAUCCCAAAACCCAGCUACAAGAAUACUCUUCCAUUCCAGAUAUUUAACAUGAUUAUAUCAUUACCUGCUUUUUGUCGAUGGUUAGUGGAGUAUAGAAGGGAAAAAAAGAAGGAGGCUCUAGCAAAGAAAGAACAAGAAAAAUUGGAAGCAGAAGAAGAGGAGCGAAUGAAAGAAGAAAUGGAGAGAGAAAAAGAGAUGAAGAAAGGUUACCGAAGAAAACGAGCUAUUCCUUUGCCAAGUUAUACUGGAGAGGCCGAAGAACGUGUUUUAGAGGCCGUUGACGAACCUUGUCCGCAGCAGAGCGAAACUAAACCUGUUCGAGUAAACACCGGUCCGUGGACUGAUGAUGAUUUAACAGAGCUUGCCAAGUUAAUGAAAAAAUAUCCCGUGGGAACUACAGAACGUUGGGAGAAGAUUGCAGAAACUCUUAACCGAACAGUUACCGAAGUCACUCAUUUCGCUAGAAAAUUAAAAGAUAACGCCUUCAGACCACUUGAAGGUCAGGAAGUUGACGCAAACUCGAAGGAGGAGGAGAGGGUCGAGAAAAAAAAGGAAAAAACUAGGGGAGGAAAAAAUAAUAUUUUGUUGGCAGAACCUACACAGGCAAACUAUGGCAUUGAGGGAGCAGAAGAACAAGUUCCCGGCAGUAGUGGUUGGACUCAAAAACAACAAAAAUCUCUAGAGACCGCUCUGGCUUGUUACACAAAAGGAUGUUCUGAAAGAUGGGAACGCAUAGCAAAAGCAGUGCCAGAAAAAACAAAGGAGGAGUGUAUGCUACGAGUCAAGUACCUAUCAGAUUUGGUCAAGAAAAAGAAGCAAAUGGAAGAGGAUAAACAGAGAGCAGAACAGGAUGGUGAGCAACAUGCGACACAGUUAAACGAAAAACAGGAGUCAGAAAAGGUUCAGACGACAUAGGCAAAUAACAAAUAUAAUAACACAAUUAUUGAAAUGUUA